AUGAGUGAACCAUGCGUCUUCAAGGGUUGCUCCAGCGUGGCUUUGGUGGUACUGCCCAAGUGUGAGUACUGCGAGCAGCGCUACUGCACCAGUCAUAUGUUGCCUGAGCGGCACGGGUGCGGCGACGCGUGCAAGAACGCGGCACGGCGACAAGCCACCGCCGACGCAGCAGCGCAGCGGCGGGCCCGUCGGCACCUCGGCAAUGAGGAUGCAAAGAAGCGACUAGACAAGAAGUUGGAGGCGAGCGAGGCGGCCCGUAGAAAGAAGACAAAGUCAACUCAGCUCCCCAAAAAAAUGAGUUGA